ACUCAGGUGUGUCCGAGGGGCACUCAGAGGGAUGUAUCCCACCUGUUGCCGCAGCUGCACCCUUGGGGUGCCCCCCUGCCGCCCCUGCGCUGCCAGCUGGCCCCAUCAGCAGGCUCCUUGCGCCGGGAGGGGCGGGGAGCCCUGCCCACACCUACCGGCCCCAGCUGAACGGCGCCGCCGGGUCUCGAACCCGUGACUCCCGGGGCCGCCCCCGCCGCUCCCCCCCAGCUCUUCCGCGUCCCGCCGGCGGGGGCGGGGCCUCGGCGCGCGCCCCGCCCUGAUUGGCCGCUGACGCGUGAAAAGUGGCGCGCGGGCGCGAGCCCCGCUCGUGGUGGCGGGAGAGCCGCACGUGGUCGCCGCUCUCGCGCGGGCCGCGCGCAGCAUGUUCGGGGGCCGGGCCAGUCCUCUCUUCCUGGACACUUCGGAGAUCUGGUGGCAGGACCCCCCGUCCCUGCCAGCGGAGGAGGAGCCCUGGGACGUGACAGAGGUGGCAGCCGUGUGCAAGGCAGCCGAUGAGGGCUCCGAUCCCAGCCCCCAGGAGGGGCACGGCGCCCAGGAGCAGGAUGUUCAGGACCCGGAGCUGGAGGCCAUCAAAGCCAAACUGCGGGAAAUAGAGAAGGAGGAUGAGAGGCUGAAGGAGUUACAGCUGGAAGCUGAGAACCACUUGUUUGUGAACUCAGAAGCAGCUCUCUUCCCACUGACAACCAAGGAGAAGAUGGAGGCUGACCAGCGUUCCAUCUACGUGGGCAAUGUGGAUUACGGGGGCACAGCAGAAGAGCUGGAGUCUCACUUCAACAGCUGUGGGCAGAUCAACCGCGUCACCAUCCUCUGUGACAAGUUCUCGGGCCACCCCAAAGGCUAUGCCUACAUCGAGUUCGAGGAGCAGAGCUCCGUGAAGGCCGCGGUGGAGCUGGACGAGAGCGUCUUCAGGGGCCGUGUCAUCAAGGUGCUGCCCAAGAGGACCAACAUGCCCGGCAUCAGCAGCACGGACCGCGGGGGCUACCGGGGCUGCUGCCACGGCCGGGGCGGGCUGGGCCGCUGGGGGGGCCCCUACGGGCAGCAGCCCCGGCUGCGAGGGAGGGCCUACAGGGGUCGGGCGAGGCUGCUGCCUUGGUAUUUUCCAUACUAGAAGAGGUUGGACUGCCUGGUGAUGCCAGUGGGACUGAAACAAGGAGAUGGGAUUGGAGAGAUUUAAAAAUAUGCCUGCCCAAGCCAAAAAACAGAUUAAUUUUAAAAAUGCCAUCUGCCUGGCCGUGAGGAUUACUGGUGAGCCCUGUGCUGGGCUGCAGGAGGGAAGAUGGGAUCUGCACCACCCUGCCAGCAUCCAGGAGAGCUCAUCCCACCUCAGCUCUGCCCGGGGGGCUGUGCUUGCACAGAGAACAGGCUCAUUCCAGAGAACACUGUCCUGGGAAUGGAAGAGCUCUCCCAGACCAUCAAGUCUCCUUAUCCCAUGGAAAAGGGCUGUCCUGGAGGAUUUGGUUUGGCUCCUGCCUGGCUGCAUGACCUCAAUGCCACUGCUUGGCCAUGAACCUCCUCAGCUCUUCCUACAGCAGCUGGAUGCUCAGCCUUCUCUUCUUCUAAGACCCUAAAGACUGUUUCCUUUCCCAAAUCAAUGAAGAAAGUUUUGGGUUGCAGCUCCAGAUCUGAUUGCUGGGAGCUUUUCCUUCAUCAGCCCUAUGGAUGUGACCUGGGGAGCUUUCCCUUCAUCAGCCCUAUGGAUGUGACCUUCCUC